UAACCGGUCUAGAUUACAAACGUACUUGAACGAAAUAUUAUUUUAAAUAUCGAGGUGUUAUUGGCGUAUAUGAUUUCCGUUGUCAUGAUUUACGACAUAUAAAUGUGCUAUAUUAUCAAGCUUUAUUACUCGAGUAUUUUAUAAUUUCUUUGAUGAUAGCGAAAUUUGCAGUGCGCGUAGUAUCGGUGUGCGUAAUACCCAAACCUUUUUCCAUGGCUCUACGGGGAGUAACAGUAAAUGGUGUACACAACCCAUGCAAAUCUCAAUGCAGUCCCGUGCAGUGCUGGAAAUGGGAUAUCAGCCCUAUCAUAUACCACACCAAGUCAGUCAACCAUGCUGUUAUGGUGCUCAACACCCCCAUCACACAGAGCCAGAGUUUCUUCACACAGCUAUGGAACAAUGCAAAUCUAAGAAUAACAGUGGAUGGUGGGACCAAUAAAUGGGAGACAUUCAUAAAUAAUUGUCCCGAAGAAAUACAAAAAGACAUCAAACUACCAGACCUUGUCACUGGGGACUUUGAUUCCAUUUCUCAAGAUACCUUAGAAAAAUACAGAAAGAAAGGUUGUAAGGUGACACACACGCCAGACCAAAAUCACACAGACUUCACAAAGGCCUUGAUGGAAUUAUCUACGCACUGCCGAGAAACCAACACAGAUGUGGACCACGUGAUAGCAAUAGCUCAAUCAUCCCGGCGGAUGGACCAAAUAUUCGGCAACGUACAAACGCUAUUCCUGGCAAAAGAGCACCAGCUCCUCAGUCCCGCAACCAGAUUGUACCUGAUUUCCGACGACGCGGUGUCUUGGCUACUCUCCCCGGGUGACCACGUGAUAGUUGUGCCGGAGGAAUCGAGGAAACAUAAGAGAGCUUGGUGCUCGUUAGUCCCUGUUGGAGAGCCGUCUGUGGUCACUUCUACUGGACUGAAAUGGAAUUUGAAUAAUGGAACCUUAGCGUUCGGGAAAUUAGUCAGUUCUUCUAACACGUUCACAGAAUCGGAGACAGUGACGGUCAAAUGCAGCCACCCGCUGCUCUGGUCCAUGAAAGUGCCUAGUCUACUAAUCGGUCAAGCAAAUCUUGGUACUGAAACAAGGCGCGGAAUUCAAAUUUGCUAUGGUAUGAUAAACAUUUUCAAUAUUUUUUUAAUCAUUCCGCGAACGUUAAGGUUUAGGAAGGAGCGUGUUUUAUGAGAACAAAUUGGUCGGUGACCCCUACAUUUUUCAAAUUUGCUGCCUUUUUUAGUGACAAGAUUUGCUUUUAAUAAUUUUCAAACAUAGGCAUUGUCUCUGGUUUCCAAUCCCCGCGCAUAUCAGCAUGUGUGCGGAAAACUCGUGUGAUGCGCGAGAGGCUGCGCCGUCAGUGCUGCCACCCGCACGGCACGAUCACGAGAUAGAUCGAUUUCCUUAUCGGAGAAAACUGCGCUACUGUUUGCAGUCGAGGACCGUU